ACCAUCUAAUACAUAUUACUUUCGGCAUACACACACGGUGAAACAGGUAUCAGUUAGCUAAAAGAAUAAUACAGUUAAAAUAUUAUCAAAUAUAAGUGAUUUACUUUUUUAAUAAAGUGCUAAACAUAGUGGUGAAACAAUAUAAUGUGAUUUAGCGGUGUGGAGCAUAACAGUCAAGAUUGUCAAGAUUAGUAUGAUUAAAAGGAUCAGAAGGAUAAACGCCGAGAAAUUUUCAAUUAGAAGGGGUAGACAAGAAUUUAAACAAUUGUGAUGUUAAAUGGUGCAGAUAUGGAGUAGAAAGUAAAAAAGAAAAUCUUUAAAAAGUGAGAGUAUAAGAAAAAAUGUGUUGUUUUGUUAAAAAAUAAACGAGACACGAGUACAAACGACAGCAGAUGAAUGAAUCAUAAGAAUUAAUAAUAAAAAUGGGGUUGCCUGCACGAGGGGUGUUAGCAGCAUUUGUAGCAGCAGCUGCAUUUGCUGUAUACAGCAAUAGUCUAGGUUGUGGUUUUGUUUUUGAUGAUAUUUCAGCCAUCAAAGAUAAUCGUGAUCUGAGACCCCAUACACCUUUAAAGAAUAUUUUUUACAAUGACUUUUGGGGUACUCCUAUGUAUAAGGAACAAUCUCAUAAAUCGUACAGACCAUUUUGCGUGCUUACUUUUCGAUGGAAUUACUUGAUCCAUCAAUUAGAUCCUAUGGGAUAUCAUUUACUCAAUGUUAUUCUCCACAUGGCAGUUUGUAUUCUUUAUUUUAGGACUUGUUUAAUGUUUUUAUCAGAUUUAACGAGUUUUGUGUCAGCUCUAUUAUUUGCAGUGCAUCCUAUCCACACUGAAGCUGUUACUGGUGUAGUAGGAAGAGCAGAAACUUUGUCGUCUUUAUUUUAUUUAGGUGCACUUAUAAUGUACACAAAAGCUUGUAAAAGUAAAAGAACUACAGCUUGGCAGCCUAUGAUGCUAUCCACGCUUUGUGUUUUUAUCGCAAUGCUUUGUAAAGAGCAAGGUAUCACAGCUACUGCUGUUUGUGUAGUAUAUGAAAUUUUUGUAGUGCAAAAGGUAAAAGCACUAGACAUAUUACUCGCAAUAAAAUCUGCCUUUGGUGGUAAUAAGAUUAAUCCUACGUGGUCAGGUGAGGGGACCAAACGCCUGGCUGCUCUUACUCUCGUUACAUUUAGUCUUUUAAUUCUAAGAUUACAUAUAAUGGGCUCAAGAUUGCCAGUAUUUACGAGGUUUGACAAUCCUGCAUCAGUGGCUUCUACACCAGCUAGACAAUUAACGUAUAAUUAUCUAGCUGCAGUUAAUUUAAGAUUAUUACUUCUACCGACUGACUUGUGCUGUGACUGGACAAUGGGCACGAUUCCGUUAAUAACGAGUUUUGCAGAUCCACGGAACCUUGCUACAUUUGUUGCUUAUGGGACUAUUCUAGGACUUUUAUUAACUGCUAUUUUUACAAAUAAUCGUCAAACAUCAAUAAUAAUUAUUAUUAGUUUAGCCUUAAUGAUUCUACCGUUCUUACCUGCAUCAAAUCUAUUUUUUCCUGUUGGAUUUGUCAUUGCUGAAAGAAUUUUAUAUGCCCCUUCUAUGGGGUUUUGUAUGUUAAUUGGUCAUGGAUGGAGUAUUCUUACAGAAAAAAAACAAUCCAAGUUGACGACAGUUCUAUUGAUUGUAUUAUUGUUAUCACAUUCUGUCAAGACAUUUAUCCGAAACUACGACUGGGUAGAUGAAUAUUCAAUUUUUAUGUCUGGAUUGAAAGUAAAUGUUCAAAAUGCCAAGUUGUUCAAUAAUGUUGGGCAUGCACUCGAGAGUCAAGGGCGUUAUAAAGAGGCCUUGGAUUAUUUUAAUGAAGCGGUAAAAGUACAGGGAGAUGACAUAGGAGCUCAUAUUAAUGUUGGUAGAACAUAUAAUCAUCUUAAAAUGUUCAAGGAAGCGGAAGACGCUUAUUUGAAGGCAAAAUCACUUUUACCUAAAGCUAAACCUGGAGAAUCUUACCAAGCACGCAUUGCUCCAAACCAUUUGAACGUAUUCGUAAAUUUAGCUAAUCUGAUAGCGAAAAAUGCCACACGUCUAGAGGAAGCAGAUUUAUUGUACAGGCAAGCAAUAAGUAUGCGUGCUGAUUAUACUCAAGCAUAUAUUAAUCGGGGCGACGUACUUAUCAAGAUGAAUCGUACUAAAGAAGCACAGGAAGUUUAUGAACGUGCCCUUUUUUACGACAGUAAUAAUCCAGAUAUUUAUUACAACUUAGGUGUUGUAUAUCUGGAACAAGGAAAAGCCUCUCAAGCCUUGGCUUAUCUCGAUAAAGCUCUUGAAUUUGAUCCAGAACAUGAACAAGCACUACUUAAUUCUGCAAUAUUAUUACAAGAAUUAGGCCGUGAAGAGCUGAGAAAAGUUGCUAAAGAAAGACUUUUAAAGCUGCUAAGAAAGGAUUCCAACAACGAACGCUUACAUUUUAAUUUAGGAAUGAUAGCUAUGGAUGAUCAUGAUACAGCAAGUGCCGAACGAUGGUUCAGAAAUGCAGUAGCACUGAAAGAAGAUUUUCGAUCAGCUCUUUUCAAUUUAGCCUUACUCCUUGCAGAUGAACAACGUCCCCUUGAAGCUGCUCCUUUCUUAAACCAACUUGUUAGAUUCCAUCCUGAUCAUAUAAAAGGCUUAAUUCUCCUGGGAGAUAUUUAUAUUAAUAAUAUUAAGGAUUUUGAUGCAGCAGAAAACUGUUAUCGUCGAAUUCUCCAAUUAGAGCCUACAAACAUUCAAGGUCUACAUAAUUUAUGCGUUGUUAUGGUUGAACGGGGACAAUUGAGUUUGGCUGCUCAGUGUUUGGAAAAAGCAUCCAAACUUGCCCCUGAACAAGAAUACAUUCGUAAGCAUUUAUCAAUCGUUAAAUCACGAUUACUUCGACUUCCCCCUGAACAACGUGAUUCUGAUCAAGUUUUUGAUGACUCAUUUCUUCGGCCAAAUCAUCCGGAUAAUAGUUUGAAUACUAACAACCAAGAUGAUCUCAAUGAUAGUAGCAACAAUAAUAAUAAUAACAACAAAAAAAUUGAUAAUAAUAAUACUCCUCAAAAUGAACAAUUUUCUCCAAAUGCUGAAUCGAUUCUGUUAAACCAGGAUUUUGUAAUAAAUCAUAUGAGCAACAACCAUGUACUUCAUCAAAACCACAUGCGAACGAACGCUCAAUCGAAACUAGCAUCAGGUCACCUAUCUAAAGAUAAACAUCAUAGAACACCUUUCAAACCACUCUCAAAUCCUCCAAAUUUUAACCACAGACCUGAAAAUAUUAUAAGUAACAAUAAUCAUGAUUUAAAAAUGAAUCCGAAUUGAUUAUUAAAAAUCUACCUAUAAGGUUUUUAAAAUUAUUUUAACAAAACUAAAGACAGGCUAUCGUUAUAUAUUAUUGAUAUUAUAUGGCAUUAAACGUUAUAAUAUACGCCAGAAUAUAAUAUAAAUAUAAAUAUGUGUAUCAAACAAAUUAUGGUGAUAUUAAACGUUUAGUCCUAUUGUGUGAAUAUAUAUAAAAAAAUAGACUAUUGUUUUUAUAUGACGUACAGAUAAGAAAUUUUAUAGAAUUCGUAUACAUAUAUUCAUACACGCACACACAUGAAAAUCAUAUAAACAAUAUUAUAUGUGUAUAAUGGAUAAUAAUAUCAUUUUCCUUCCAAUUUUCUUCCAUCGUGAAAUUCAUUUACUUUUUGAGUAUUUUAGUUAUAAUUUUCUUUGACAUAAAAUGUGUAUGAGUAUUUGUUUUUAUAAUAAUUUUUUUUAUAUUUCAUUUGUAAGUUACUAUGACAACCAAUCGAUUCUAGUUAAUUGUAAAAUAUAAUAUGAUAAAUGUGUAGAGAAAAUAAAAAAAAAGAUAUUAAAAAUUAAUCCUUACAUAUACCCAUGUGAUAGCUAAGAAUAAUGAGACAACUAUACUAAGUAAUAAUUUUACUGUAAAAAACAAAUGUAAACCUAAAUUU